GAAAGAUUCUAUACUGUCACUUCCGAAGAAAUGGUUGUCGACGUCGGAGGCGACCGACGAGUUUGGAUUCCCGGAGAUGCUUCCGAAAGUUCCGGUCCCAGCCCUGGACCAAACCAUGACCGAAUACCAGCGGGCGCUCCAACCCAUCCUAACUCCUCAACAGCUGGAUCGCGCCCGGAAUAUCAUUAAGCAGUUCACCGCCCCCAACGGACUCGGUGCGACGCUGCAGCAGUACUUGCUGGACAAACGGGAAGCCGAAGACAACUGGGCCUACUACUACUGGUUGAACGACAUGUACAUGGACAACCCGCUACCAUUGCCGAUCAACUCCAAUCCGGGAAUGGUGCUGCCACCCCGGAAGUUCACCACGGUCAACGAUCUGGCACGUUUUGUUGCUCGACUUGUGGAUCAUCUCGUCAACCACAAGGAGAUGCUGGAUGGCGGCGGUCUUGUUCAGGAGCGGGCGACUUCACGCGAAAAAGGCCAACCACUGUGUAUGGCCCAGUACUAUCGGCUUCUUGGGUCCUGCCGUCGACCUGGCGAAAAGCAAGACAGUCAGUAUCUGCCAGAGCAGAGGACCGAUCAGCAUGUUAUUGUUUGUUGCAGGAAUCAGAUGUACUGCCUUCCGGUGAAGGCAGGCGAUCGGGGACGACUUAACGAAGACGAAAUUGCAUCCCAAGUGCUGCACGUACUCAACGAGGCCCCGUGUCUGUCUAUGAAGGCUGCUCGGAUUGGUCUGUUAACUGCAGAACCUCGACAGAAGUGGGGCAAGGAUAGACAGAUGUUGUUACUAGAAGAACCGAACGCUCGUAACAUCGAGCUUAUCGAACAGGCGUUGGUGUUGAUCUGUAUCGACGAGCCCAUACCGUUGACGUUUAAUGCGCGUGGAUUCAACGGUUCACCUGCGGGAGCGCACUAUUGCGGAGGUCGUGACGAGAGUAACAUGGCACACCAAAUGAUCCACGGUGGCGGCAGCGAGUGUAAUUCCGGCAAUCGUUGGUUCGACAAGACGAUGCAGUUGAUCGUUUGUAACGACGGAACAUGGGGACUGUGCUACGAACAUUCGCCUUCCGAGGGUAUAGCGGUGGUUCAACUGUUGGAAGACAUCUGCAAGAAGAUUGACGAACUGCCGCCAAAGCAGGAUACCGGGUCGCAAGAUCACCUACCGCCCCCGGAGCGUUUGGAGUGGGUUGUUCGUCCGGAGAUCGAACAGAGAAUUCGGGAAGCUGCACGGAAUGUCGAUAAGAAUAUUGAAGAUCUGGACUUUUACGUGUAUCGGUACAGACCGUUCGGGAAGAACUUCAUCAAGGCUUGCCAGGUUAGUCCCGAUGUCUUCAUCCAGUUGGCACUGCAGCUGGCUUAUUUCAAGCUCUACGGACAUGUGGUGAGCACAUAUGAGAGCGCUUCGACGAGAAGGUUUAUGUUGGGUCGAGUUGACUGUAUUCGCUCCGCCAGUAUGGAAGCAUUGGAGUGGGCCAAAGUCAUGUGCCAGGGAGAAGGUGCCAACGUGACCCUUGAGAGUGACAAGGAGGACGACUACAGCAGCGAAGCGAACGAUGCCAGAAAAGUAACUUUCAGUAUUUACAGUAAAGAUCAUUUAAGGGAAUUGUUCCGCUGCGCUGCAGCUCGCCAAACGGAGGUAAUGGUUCAGAAUAUCUUAGGGCACGGUAUCGACAUCCACUUGCUAGGUCUCCGGGAAGCGUGCCGGGAACAGCAGGGAGCUCUCCACGAAUUGUUCACAGAUGAAAGCUACAAAGUUGCAAACUGUUUCCUACUCUCCACAAGUCAGGUUGCCUGUUCAACGAACAGCUUCAUGGGUUACGGGCCCGUCACACCACACGGUUAUGGAGCAUCCUACAAUCCACAUCCGAACGAAAUUAUAUUCUGCAUUUCGGCUUUCUUCUCGUCAGACAAAACGAGCGCCUCAAGGUUUGCCCGCUCACUUCAGGAUUCGCUCGAUGCCAUGCGUGACUUGCUAUCGUAAGGUUUACACGUGCCACAGCACUCACACAGGAGGCCUUACCGUGAAACGAAGAGUUCACUACGCACUCCAAGACGUUUUUAGAUCGGGGAAAGGGAAAACACUGGGACUGAAAUUGAAACCUACACAUAUCAACGUUUAACUGACACAAAAGAGCAUACAUAUCAAGUAGUUGUGAAGUUUGCGGUAGAAUGUUUUAAGAAGUUUAGCUGACCCCUGACUGGCGGGACACUGAGUGAAAGCAACGCUCUUUCCUGGUGCCAUCAAAGGGGAUUCAACCAAAGAAACGGAAACAUAUCAUUAGCAUGUAAGAUUGAAAAGUACACUAUAAAUCGAAAUCACAGUUAUGUAAGAAUCAAUGGAAUAUUGCACUGAAAUUACUUAUGAAGUAUUGUUGUUAUUAGAAGUGUUUACCUAUGAGCUGUAUAGAUCAUUUAUUUAUUUGAACUGAAGAGUUGAGUUAUCCUUCUUCAACUGCGUGUAGUAGCAAUACUGAAAUAUCUAUUUUAGUCCGAAAAUAUGUUGAAUAUUCAGAGUCUAGUCAAUGUGAUUCAGUUGAAAACGAAAGCAAAGCUUGGUAGUAAAUUUAUUCGUAAUGGAAAAUAUUUUAUUUAUGAUUAAAAUCCAAAAUUAUAAAACCAAAAUAUACAUAUGUUAAAAUUUAAAAAAAAUAUAUAUGCUGAGUUCCUUUCCCAAAUUUGUUUCGUUUGCUCAAACGAAAAUAAAAAUCAUAUCAAAUGAACUCAAAUACAUAAACAUAUACAUACACCUAGUCAGAGGUUUGAUCGCCCGCACAGUAAUUCUUGUCCAUUGAGUGAAACAAAAUCGUAGUCAAUGUAGUGACACAAAUAUUGGCAUCAUCAAAACCACAAAACCGUAGGAAAAUUUUUAGACUGUACACUUGCGCUUGCACGCAGUCCGUAAUUGCGUGAAAUCUUGCACGCAAGUCAGAGGAAGCUUUUGCGGGGCGAAAAAUAUGGAAGCUUGAAAAGCUUUGCAUUAGAACAUAUAACUGUUGAAGCAGAGAGAAAAAAUGUAAAACAUAUCAAACAUGUGAAAAUAACAAUAUUUAGCGAAUGGAUUGAAAACUAUACACGACAAAUACAAACAGAAGAUAAACAAUGUACCAUAGCAUUUAUAGCUGAAAACCUGAUGACGAGAAACAUAUCACUAAAAUAAUUGGAACUAGUUGUUAGACUCAUAUCAAUAUACAUAUCACGAAAGCGAAACGAAAGGAUCUCUACAUAAGUCAUAUUUAACUAAGGUGUUAGGAAACGAUUAGGAAGUAUGCUGUCCAUAAGAAGGACGGACCUUCCUAAACGGUUAUUGUAAUAGUGAUGAAGAGGAAAGAAGCAGAUCUAACUAACCGACAGUAUUUAUGUGUGUUAAAUCUUUGAGAAUUGGAUAACUUUAAAACAGUUAAAUAGUGAAAUAUUUGCAUGGUUUGCUCUGGUCUAAAGUUAAUGAGAAAAUUAUUACCCAAAUUUAUUGAAUUUAAGUUUUCCAUUAGUGGUUGAUCAAAGUGUGACAGAAUAUUAUAUUUUUAUUUGAUGUCAAUGAUAUUCUUGGAACUGCCCCUAAGUACCACUCAGGAAUUUAACUGAUUUCCCUUGACAAGUUCUGUAACGUUCCUGAUGCUCUUUGAUCUUCUUUGAAAUUCUCGAGAUAUUCCAGAAAUCUAUGAAACUCCCCUAGAGCUAUCGCAAUCCACCCUAAAAGAUCUUAAAAUUUCCCCGUAGAUUUGAAGGUUCUUUAAGUUGUCGGAUCUAACUUGAUUUGUUCGGAACUUCAUUAAAAUUCUAUGAAUUUUCAGAAUUUUUUGAAGGCUCUCGCAAUUUUUGAUAUGUUAAUUAAUUCUAACGUUAAAUUAUUAAUGGCACUUACAUAAUACUUUCAAAAAUUCUUUAUUUCCCGAAACUUCAUUAAAGUUCCUACUUUGUUUGACGAUCUUAGGACUCCAAAUUGGACUUUGUUCAUCGAAUAUCGGUAAAGUUCCUGCAUUUUCGACGUAGGAUGACGUCUUUCGGCAACAUAUUGGGGUGCAAUUUCAAAAAACCAAAAUUGACCGCAUUACGAAAAGUGGUUAGGUUUUGACCACAUAUAACUCUGUCAAUAGCGAAUGGAUUUUAAUUCUAAGCAAGCCAAUCGAUUAGAAAUUUAGUUACGAAUCUACUAAAUUGACACUUUAUUAAUUUUCAAUAGGUCACUAGUGAAAAUUACACAAAUGUCCAACUAUUGCAAUAGUGAUCAAAAUUAUCACCGAUUGUCUGCAAACAGCGCAUUCCCUAACACAGAUUUCUCGCGUCACUUUUCAAAUAGACCAAGCUACAUUGAUCGAUUCUCUUCAUCGACUCUCUCUUUCGUUAAUAACUUAGCUGCAUUCAUAUUGCGUGCUAGUUUUUCUAUAUAGCCUGUUAAAAGAAGGUAUUACUAAGCGUUUUGGACAAUAAGAACAGCUGACCAUGUUAUUGGAGCCGAGUUAUUAACUAAAGAGAAAGUCGAUUAAGAGAAUCGAUCAAUGUUGAUUGGUCUAUUAGAAAGGUGACGCGAGAUUUCAAAAUCGAAUUCAAUCCUGUCUCCCUGACCGAUGCUUAUUCAAUCACCGUGUGGUGGUGUUCGUUCGGCCAUCAACAACAACAGCAGCAGUGCUUUCGGCAUGUGGCGUUGAACAUUGUACACAACGAAAGGCUUCCCGCAAGCAGCAAGCUGUAGCCCACAUGAGCGUCUAUUCACUGAAGAAGGAGGAAGCCUCACCGCUUCUGAUCGGAAUCCAUCUUCGUGAGUCGCUGCCAAGCGCGUCACCCUCGUUCCAAACAACAGUCUCAUCCGUGUUGAACACCCUAAUAGCUCAGCAUUACUCAACCAUCACGACAAAACGGUCCUUUUCAGCAGGGUUACUUCCACUC